AAAAAGAAAAAAUGAACAAAUAAAGUGCAACAUCAUUUACCCGAAUAAUAAGCAUUGAAAUUAUCUAUACAUCUACUAUUCAGUUAAAAGAAACAAGGUAGGGGAAUACUUAAAGCUUACGUUAAAGUAACUAUACUAUUAUCGAGUCCAUAAUUCAUUAAUAGGUGCACAAGCACUGGGGUUCUGAAAUUUGAAGAUAAUAUUUACUACUAACUCUUUGGAUGCCUUUCUGCUUCUUGCCUACUCAGUAUAAUUUUGUAUUCUUAACUAGUUUCAGCUAGAUUUCACAAAAGAAUUCAUCAGUAACCUGAAUUGAGCUUAAGUCUUGAGUUGCUUUUUCUGUUCCACUCAGAAGAAAUUAAUAACUUUCCUCUGCAUCACGUAUUCCUGGAAAAAAAAAAAGAGGAGCAGAAAUUAGUUCCACAGAAGGAGGAGGUUAUAUAUGUCAGCAUAAGGUGCAAAAGACUUUGUAGUAGUAGUUUUAUUUCUUCGUCAACGAAAUCAACAAUGUCCAUUCCAGCCGCGUUUAAACUUUAUUCCGUCCCUUGCUAGAUAAUUCGGCAUCAUUGCUUUUGCACGACGCUGCGGUAGUCACUCCUUUAUCUUUAUCCGACCAAUGGACCCAUAGUUGAAAGAAGGUCCUAAAGGCUGAUCACCCCACCAUUUGCACAGUCUUCUUAAUAGCUUCCAUGAUUUUGUAUUCUAAUUUCUAAGCAGCUUCGUCUUUCAAACUCGCGUUGCUGCCUAUCUUCCUGUCUUCAAUUUCCAUCAUGUUUCUUGCUUUAGUUUUUCUAAUUGGUUAAUUCUUUCUUUUUCUUUUUGACACGGUUUUUCUUUUUGAUAAAUACUGCACCAUAUAGCAUCAAAGUUCAUCAGCUUAUGAAUCCAUAACCUACUCUUCCUUGUUCCUUUCAAGAUACAACAAGUGGACUAUCCUAUAAACCAGAAGCCGCCUUCCCCGCAUCUGAAGUUAAAGAGAAAGACUGAAAAUGGCAGAAGAAGUUCUCUCUUUUGUGCUGGAUCAACUCUCAACUUUUCUGCGCGAGGAGGGACGACUAUUGGGAGGGCUUUGGCAAGAGGUCCAAUUCAUCAGGGAUGAGUUGGGGCACAUGAGAGCUUUCCUGAGAGAGGCAGAAGCAAAAGAAGAAGACGCUCAACCCAGGCUCCAAGAAUGGAUCAAGCAAGUGCGAGAAGCUGCUUAUGACACUGAAGACAUUCUUGAUGAAUUUGUAGCUCGCUUUGCUCGGCAUCGCGCAACAGGAUUCUACGGCUCUGUUCGGAGAAUUUUCAGCUCCAUCAAGAAUUUGAGAGCUCGUCAUCGAGUUGCUAGUGAAAUACAAAUCAUCAAGUCAAGAAUCAAAAGUAUUUCCGAAGCUCAUCAAAGAUACCAAUCUGAGAGCUCGUCCAACUCACUUCCUCCUGUGAACAACACAACAUGGCGCUAUAGCAGAGAUGAUGCGCUGCUUGUGGAAGAAGCUAAAUUAGUUGGCAUUGACCAACCCAAGAACCAUCUAAUUUCUGAGCUCCUCGAAGGGGAUGAUCACCAACUGAAAGUUGUUUCAGUUGUCGGUAUGGGAGGACUUGGCAAAACUACCCUUGUGAAAAAAGUCCAUGAGGAUCCUGAAGUCAGAAGGCGUUUCCCAGUCCGUGCUUGGGUAACUGUCUCUGAAACAUGUGACUUUCAGUUCCUCCUGAAAGACUUGAUUCGGCAGUUACACAAGGAAGGGAACAAAGCAGUCACACAAUCGAUCGAGUCUUCGAAUACCACCGAGCUGAAAGAAAUUAUCAAAGAUUUUCUUCAACAAGCUGGAAGGUAUGCAAUUGUUUUUGACGAUGUAUGGGACGUGGAAUUUUGGAAUACCAUCAAAUUUGCACUGCCUGAGAGCUGCUGUGGCAACCGUGUCAUGCUAACAACUCGAAAAGCUGAUGUAGCCUCUGCCUCUUGCAGUGAAUCUGGGGGUCUUGUCUACAGAAUGGAGCCACUGUCUAUUGAGGAUUCGUGGACCCUGUUUUGCAACAAGAUCUUUAAUGGAGGUACUUGCCCUGGCCAUUUGAUGGAUGUUGCCAAAGGUAUAUUGGAAAAAUGUGAGGGCUUGCCCCUUGCAAUCAUUGCAAUCAGUGGGCUUUUGGCUUCGAAAGAUGUAAAUAGGAUGGACGAAUGGGAGAUGGUUCGACGCAGUCUUGGGGGUGAAUUAGAAGGCACGGGUAAGUUGGACAGAGUUAAAAAGAUACUCUCUCUCAGUUAUAGCGACCUGCCUUGGCAUCUCAAGAUAUGUCUGCUGUACACAAGCAUCUAUCCAGAGGAUUAUGAAAUAGAAUGCUCUGACCUAAUUAAUUUGUGGAUUGCUGAAAGGUUUGUAGAAUGGAGAGAAGGAAUGAGUAUUGAAGAUGUAGCCUGGGGUUGGCUUAGUGAACUCGUCAAUCGAAGCCUAAUUCAAGUGACUAAGGUGUAUUAUGAAGGAUUACCCGACUAUUGUCGAAUCCAUGACCUGUUGAGAGAAGUUAUUGUUCUCAAGUCAAGGGAACAAAACAUGGUCACAAUUACUACUGGACAACCAAUGAUGCGGCCGUCCGAGAAGGUACGCCGUCUGGUAGUCCAUACUAGUAGUAGUAACAACACCCAGGACCACCAACAAAGAAGAAGUUAUUGCUUUGACCACCUUCAGUCGUUCGUUACAUUUGGAUCCAUGAGCCCACUACUAUUCAAACUGUUGUUAUCUGAUGUUUUAAGGAGUAGUAAGCUGUUAAAGGUUUUGCAUUUGGGUGGUCAAGAGACCCAAGAGGAUAUACCAAAUGAGGUUUUCAAGAUGUUUCAUCUCAAGUAUCUGUACCUAGGGGGUACGAGAGUGGAGAGAGUUCCAAAAGCCAUUGGAAAGCUUCAACAUUUGGAAUUUCUGGAUUUGAGUAACACCAGAGUUAGGGAAUUACCCAUGGAAAUCCUAAAGUUGCAAAAACUUCGGGUUCUCAAAGUAUAUCAACGAGUUGAUUCUUUCGAUGAUGAUUAUGGAUUUCAUGGAUUUAAAGCUCCCUCGAAUAUGGGAGGGCUUCUUGCCCUAGAAGUAUUAGACUGCAUAGAUGCUAGUAGUGGAUCUACAGUAGUCAAGGAGAUAGGAAAGCUGACCCAAUUAAGAGAAUUAGGUAUUACAAAGUUAAGAAGAGAAGAUGGAAAGGAGCUCUGCUCCUCCCUUGCCAAGCUCACCAGUCUUCAUAGAUUAAGCAUUGAAUCAAUUGGAGAAGGUAACGAUGAUCAUGAGAUAAUCGAUCUAAAUCACCAUCCUUCUUCUUCUUCUUCUUCUUCUUUUCUUCAAUCUCUUCAUCUGCUGAUUUUGUGUGGCCGCUUAGAAAAGAUGCCACAAUGGGUAGCUCAUCUUCACGGCUUGGUAAGAAUAGAUUUGAAUUGGAGCAGGUUAAGGGGUGAUGAGGAUCCGCUUGAAUCCCUCCGACAUUUGCCCAAUUUGGGUAAAAUUAAUUUCUGUGGAUCUUACCAGGGAGAAGGGUUGUGUUUCCAGGCUGGAGGGUUCCUCAAUCUGAAGAAGUUGCACCUAAAGAGAAUGGAAGGGUUGAGAUGGAUGAGAGUGGAGGAGGGUGCAUUGCCUCGUCUCCAUCAACUCAUUUUGGAUCAACUUCCAUUACUAGAGGAGCUACCUUUGGGUAUUCAGCACUUGAGCCAUCUUCAAGGGCUGUAUUUGUAUGAGAUGAGUUCUGAAAUGAUAGAAAAGGUAGAGAAUCAGAAGGAAGAAAGUGAAGAUUACACAAGAAUCGCACACAUUCCUGAAAUUGUCAUUGGUUGCUAUACAGAAGAUGGGGAAUGGAGACAGCGCCAGCUAUGGGGGAAGAAGAAGAAGAAAACAUAAAUCAUUCCCCUUUCUCUGGUUUGCACCCUCUCUGCUGUGGACAACACUGCUCUUGUUUUUUAUUUUUUAUUAGUAAAUUUUUUCCCCUUCGACAUCUUCUGUGUCUUACCUCCUUAUUUAUUGUAUGUAUUGUGUAUAAUGCUUGAUGUUGUUAAUGUACUGUAUAGUAUUACUCUUUAUCUUUUUGUGUCUUAAUCUUUAUUUAAAUUUUGGUCAGAGAUAAUAUGUAAACCUA